AAGGAAGUUUUUUGUUGUUAUUUUAGUUAGUGUUGUAAAUAAGAAUGGCAAACGUUCACGUAAAUGUCUUUGCUGGAUGGCGCGGGCAGCAGUGACGACAUGAGCGACAAGAGGACCCGCCCCGCUCGCGGCCGCUCGGGCAAGGCGCCGGCGGGUGGGGAGGACGAGGGCCGUGCAGGCGCCCGCGGCCCGUCCCCGGGGGACUCGGACCGGGACACCGCCGACGCCGGGACCGUCUCGGACGAGGCGAGCUCUGUGAACGAGUAUGCGGGCCCCAACGCUAGCUGCGACGAGGAGGCGGGCUGUGCCAGCAGCUUCUACAUCGGCAUGCGGCUGGAGGUGAAGGACGUCGCCAAUGACGCGUGGUACGCGGCCAAGGUCUCCGAGGUGGACUGGGGCGAGAAGGAGGUGCUGAUCCACUUCGAGAACUGGUCGCACCGCUUCGACGAGUGGCUCCCGGUGCAGAGCUCGCGGCUGCGGCGAGUCAGCAAGCCGGAGCGUGAAAAGCUGUCGUCACCACCAGUGCUACCAACUGCUGAGCCAGCGGCGGAGAAGAGAGACGACAAGGUGUUCCGUGUGGGGGACCGGGUGAUGGCAACUUGGAACGACUGUCGCCGCUACUCCGCCAAGGUCACCGCCAUCCUUCCCAACAACAGAUAUCAAGUGGUUUUCUAUGAUGGCUUCUCCAAAAAUCUUAGAGCCUCAAAGAUGUCAAAAUUGAAAGCUGGCCAGGUGGAUGAAGUUUCUCAGAAAGGACCGCCGAGCUCGCAGGAGCCCUUCGCCCCGGUGCCGGUCGCCCGGUCAACAUCUUCACGACACCGACCCGGACGACAUGAUGAGCAAGGAGGAGCGUCGCAAGCGCAAGAGGAAGCACCACUCGACGACCUGUUCCCCAAGAAGAAGGCGCCGACGCCCUCCCAGGGCGCCGCCCCCCGCCAAGCGGAGGCGACGGAGAGAGCGGCGGAGGAGUCGGCCGGCCGGGCGGAGCUCCCCGCGGAGCACGAGAAGCACAAGGCGGAGGGGGAAGCGGAGGUGCCGAAGACCCGCCGGAGGAGCAGCCUGCGUCUCAGCCUGGACGAGCCCGAGGAGGCCGCGGGGAGGACGGAGGGGGCGUCGGCCGACGAGACGGACGGGGCGAGGGGCCUCGGCAGGAAGAGGCCUCAGCGCAAGAAGGGCUCCGGCGAGCCGGAGCCCGCGCAGGCCAGGAAGCAGAGGGAUAGUGAUUUGUCUAAGACUAAGAAGAGCCCAGGAAAAGAUGUGGAGGCUGAAACCGAAAUAAAAGUGGACAAGGACGAGGAUAAAAAGAAAGAAAAGUGGCAACCAGAAGGAGAGGAAGCAUACAUUGUUGAAGGCGUCGAAGGUUUGAGGAAGUCGAUCAUUGUGACGGAUGAGAGGCUGCCUCCCGGCUGGAGCAAGCACACGAUCCAGAGAAAGAGUGGUGGCUCUGCCGGCAAGUGGGACGUCUUUCUCGUCAGCCCGGAGGGACGCAAGGUGAGGACCCGCGCAGAACUCCGACAGUACUUCGAGGAGCACAACCAGCCCUUCCCCAGCGAGCGCUUCGACUUCACGCUCAGUCGCAAGAAGGGCGGCAAGGUGUCGAGGUCUCAUUAUUCUGCAAAAUCGUCGCGGACGAGCACGGGGGGCAAGUCCAGGCCCGGCGAGGACGCCGCGCCACCACCGGCCGUGCCGGAGGCCCAGGUGGUGGCCCCCAAGAGAAUCAAGACUCUCCUGCCCCGCAUCCGCACCCCGCAGCCGGACGCCGACUCGCUGGCCGGGGAGACCCCGCCCCCUGCACCCCCCGCACAACCCCUGUCGCAGCCGCCUCGAUACUCGCCUCUGGUGGCAGAGGAGGGAGAAGUGUUUGUGGGAGGCCUGAAGAUCCAGAUGGAGAACAACGCCUUCAAGUGCCCCAAAGAAGGCUGUGGGAAGACUUUCCGCAAGGAGAACCUACUGCAGAUGCACUUGAAGCACUACCACCCCGAGUACACGCAGUUUGUGGCGUCGACCCCGAAUGUGGCGGACCUGGCCUACGCCCGCACCAUCGGGGAGAGCCUGGAGGAGCUGGUGCCCCGCGCCCGGCCGGUGGCGGACGCCGCGCGCCGGAGACCGCCCGCCAAGGACAAGCCCCUGGGGCCACCCGUGCCCCGGAAGCAGGUCAAGAGGGAUGAGCCGGCUUGUGAUGGAAGCAGCAUGAGCAGUCUUGCAUCUUCAUCGAGGCUUAGCUCUGGGUCUGGGAGCCUCGACGUGGAGUCUCAAGCUGCGGUGGAGAGGCCACCGGAUGCUCCUGCGACUCCGGACGUGAAGGACUCGUCUUCGCUGCAGACCGUCAUGGAGACCGCGUCGUCGCAGCCCGCUUCGGCCACCGCACCGCCUGUGUCCUCCAUCAAGACCUUGCUGCCCGUUGUCAGUGCGUCCCAGACUCCGCCGUCCCCGCCCCAGAGCAGCAAGGAGGACGCGGACGCGGAAGCCGGCGCUCUGGAGGGACACAAGCUCCUCGGCUCCCCGUCCCGUGCCGGCGCGACGCACGGUGGGCACAAGGCUGCCCGCGGCGUGCGCAAGAGGAACUUGUCCGGGCCCCCGCUGGACAGCGCAGCCAAGAAACGCAAGCUGGAGUCUGUGGAGGAGGAGGGGGCCGAGGCACCGGAGGACGAGAGCUGCUCGCUGGACGGCUUCAGCCCCGCGGCCCGCCCCCCGCCCCGCAAGAAGCCCGUCGUCGACCUCCACAAGCUGGACAUCUCCGUCGACGGCUCCGGUUGCGUCAGUUUAGCCGAGUGUGGCGUGCUUGCGAUCUGCGACAGGUGCCCGCAGCGCACAGUGCUGUGUGCAGGACCGGGGGACGGGGCGGCGGCCCAGGACGACGCCCGGCCGGCGGGGAAGGUGCACAAGAAGAAGACGGUGGAGCAGCUGCGACGUGACGAGCUCAUCAACUGCACCUGCGGCUACCUCGAGGAGGACGGGCUCAUGAUCCAGUGCGACCUGUGCCUGUGCUGGCAGCACGGGGUGUGCAACAGCAUAGAGAAGGAGGAGGAGGUUCCCGACAAGUACGUGUGCUCCAUCUGCCUGGACCCGCCUCGCGCCCGGCUCUCCAGGAAGUACCUGCACGACCAGGACUGGCUGAAGGAGGGCAAGCUGCCCAGCCUGUCGUUCCGCCCGAAGAACGCGGUGGUGACCGCGCAGCGCGAGGCCGUGCUGAGGCGGUCGCACGAGCUGACCGGCAUGCUGCUCCAGCUGCAGCAGGCAAUACACAGUCUGCGCGUGAAACUCAGCAUCGCAGAGAAAAUCGACCACCCGAAGCUGUAUCUGUGGGCUAAGAGCUGGGAGAAGGGAGGCUCCAAGUCUGAGGAGGUGAAGCAGGAAGACACAGAAGACGUCAAGAAACUGGGAGAAAAACUAGAAGAAGAGUACCCCGCCCAGCGGGCAGAGGAGGCGGCCGCCGUGAAGGAGGAGGAGGAGCCGGUGAAGGGGGAGGGGGAGGGAGCUCCAGUCAAGGAGGAGGACGCCUCGCUCCUGCACCAGGCGCUCACGGGCCGAGCCCAGGACGCAGUGUUACAGCUGCCCAUCUGCCAGAGCGAGCUCAUGCGCUUCGCCAGCUCCAUGGCGGACCGGCUGCAGGCGGCCGAGGGCCCUAGGGCCCCGCAGCCCGAGGCCCCCAUUGACCCGGCCGAGUGCCGCCUCAACCUGCUCGACCACAUCAACCACUCGAGCCAGCUCGCCGACUCCCGCCUGUCCUCCAUCGAGGCCCAGAUCGCAGCAUUGGAAUCUCAGGAUGCAGACUUUGCGAAGGACGAGACGCCCGACUUCUUCCCGAAGACCAAACAAACUGUGCAGAUGCUAAUGAGAGACUUGCUCACCAUGCAGCGCAUAUCUGCCGUCAGCUGAGGCCAGAACAUAUGUCUAGAUGAAUUAUUACCAAUGUAGAGCUUGCCUGUUGGCAUAAAUCAAGCAUGCAAGUUUAAAUACUGUAAAUGGUAGUAAUGUUACUACAGUAGAACCCCGAUUUAACGAAGUGCUACGGUUACCGAAAAUGUUUACUCUAAAUCGAUGUUUCGUUAAAUCCGAUUUACCGAUUUUCAAUGACCCCCGCACUCAUAAUCGCGUACCUACGUUUCCAUAUCGUAGACAGGGUCGACGCUGAUAUCUUGUGCUGCCGUGCUAUCUCAGACUUCGUCAACUUUCCAUCUUCAACGUUUUUGAUCUCGCUCGUACAGCCCCCGGUUCGUACGUACACCUCGGUAGUACAUACAGAUUUUUAAAAACCGUGAAAAAUGAGGCAUAAAAAAAAGUUUAAAAAUAUGUAAAGUGUAAGAAAUACGUUAAAGUUUAUUAAAAUACAGUCACAACCUGCAGCGUUUAUAACAAAAACGAGCUACAUACACAUUGCGUCACAGUAAAAAAUUUAAAAAAAAGGCCGCAAAUUGAUGGAAAUUUACCGUCCAUAGCGCGCCGUACGCGGAGAAAGGUCAUUGUACUCUGUCAGCUGCUGUUACGGCGCGGCGUGGCCGCCGGCUGACUCUCUUUGUUCGCUUAAGCUGCGCAGCACUUAUAAAAAACGUAUUCCAAAAACUAAACACCGCGCACAAAGCUCUUACUGAGAAUUAUAGAGCUGUAGCAAACCGUAUGUAUUCGGUACUUAGUAACGGGUGCGCCAUCUAGUAACGAAACGUUACACACGGCUGCAUCUCUUUACAUACUCGCAUUUUUCGUAUGUUGUACGCAUGCGCGCGCAUAUUCGAUGAAUUUGCGUUACAAAGAACGAUGUUUGUUUAUUAAGUAAAGUAUAAUUUGGAAAUUCGUCGUCAAAGUUUUUUACUGUUUAUUAAAGGUAUUGUGUGUGUAGACAAAGUUUGAGAUUGGAACAGAAACAUCGUAAGAAAGUGUUUACAAAUUAGAAAUAUGUAUGUUUUUGUUUUUUAUUAUCGCGUAUUUUCACGUUUUUUUUGUUAUUAUCUUAAAAGAGAUACUAUAAAAAAGCCGCAUUAAUGAGAUUUAAUUGUUUCUUGGGUAACAAAAACUGUUAAUUAUCAAAUAUUGUUAAUUGUUUAUAUUCUAUUUAUUAUUAUUUACGCGACGUCAUAAUGUACGCGUACGCAAUACGACUCGAUUCAUUGGUGCAACAUAACAUAGCUUUUUAAUGCGGUUUCAGAAGUAACGAGUAACGUAACGAUACGACAGUAACGAGUACUAAUUGUUAUAGUAACGAAUACAUAUGGGUACGCUUUUUUUCGUUACUUUUACACAUCUAGAGAAUAAUGAUAAUGGCGUAUUGGUGUGACGUGGUCACAAGUUGAAAAAACCUGGAGGAUGGGAAAGGGAAUAUUUGGAAACGUGUGAUUAUUGGCUAGCACUGUUACUAUGCGGGCGUAUUUGGAAAAUAACGUGGUGAGUCAAGCCAGGGAGGGUGAAGGGGGAGGGGGAUGCGGACAAAGAAACCCUUCAUGACGUCAUGUGUCGCGGACAGUCUAUCUAUCCAGGCGCGCGCAAUGGCACGCACCUACGCAAUUCAGUUACAGCGCCCGGAGUUUUUAAGCUAUUUAAAGAAUUUUUUUAAUUUUUUCGUAUUUGGACAGAUGAUGCAAAGGCACAUAUUAAUAUAUAGUACCUCCAUUCUAUUACUGACACCACAGAGUGUAUUUUUUAAUAAGACUCCAUUACUAUUUACUUGCAUUUUUUGGAAAUCUAUAUUAUUAUUUUAAUAAAUUGGUGAUUUUUGUUGGUUCCUGAAAACCUUUACGUUAAAUCGCUGUUUUCGUUAAAUCCGUGUUCGCAAAAUCGGGGUUCUACUGUAUCUGUAUGUACAUUACAUUGUAAUGCUUUAAUAAACUUAGUAUUUUAAAA